GGGCUUUUCGUGGAGCUCAUUUUCCAAUUUGCUUUCCGCCGCACAGCAGCAGCAGUCGCUAGAGCAACAACAUGGCGGGGUCGAGCAACAAGUUUAUGACCAUCGAAGACUUCAAGGCGGCGUUCUCGCUCUUCUGCUCUGUUUGCGGCGUCGGCUCGCUCGGUCUCCCGGGCAACUAUGCGCGCGCCGGCUACUUUUGGGCGUCGUUUGGCUUCUUCUUCAUGGCGGCCGUCAACACGUACGCGACGUGGUGCAUCGCCAAGGUGAUGCUUGUCGCGCCUCAAACCGUCUUUACGUUUGGCGAUCUCGCCGAGUGGAGCAUGGGCAAGGGUGGUCGCUAUGUCACGACGCUCGCCCAGACCGUCAUGUGCACGCUUCUUCCGAUCGUCUUCCUCGUCCUCGGCGGGUCGCUCCUCGUCGUGCUCUUCCCCAUGUCGUUCUCGCAGACGACAUGGAUCGUGCUCAUGGGCAUCACGCUCCUGCCUGUCUGCCUCAUCCCGACGCUCAAGGAAGGCGCUGGCGCCGCCGCCGCUGGGUGCCUUGGCACGAUCUUUGCUGACGGCAUUGCGCUCUACCUCCUCAUCACCAACAUGCAAGACGUCAACCCCACGGGUAUCUCGCCGCCAGGCCCGGAGAUUGGCUUUGAGCAGGUCACGACCGUCUUUGGCAACCUCGCGCUCGCGUACGGUGCUGGUAUCAUGAUCCCGACGCUUCUCCGCGAGCACUCGGAGCCCGAGCGCCUCCCGAAGCUCAUUCUGAUCACGAUGUUUGUCAUUUGCAGCUUCUUCCUCCUCGUCUCGAUCCUCGGCGUCUUCUCGACGGGCUGCCAAACGCCCGGCAACCUCCUCUUCUCGAUCGCCAACCCGGCGCUUGGCUUUACGGCGGACCGCGGCUUUGUGAUCCUCUCGUUCCUCUUCAUGCAGCUCCACAUCACGAUCGCAUUCGCCGUCGUCAUCUUCCCCGUCUUCCAGAUCAUGGAGCGCAUCUUCCUCAAAAUGCACAUCUACGAGCUGGACGCGCCUGCUGCGUCCGCCAAUGACAUUGAGACGCCCGCGAUUGACGCUGUCGGCACGUCGUUCCAGGACGAGAAGACCCUGGUCGUCAACCACAUCGACCCUGCGGACGCGUACAAGGUGCCGGGUGCCUACUUCAAGGCCGCGACGCUCCGCACAAUCAUGGUCGUGCUCUGCGUCGUUGUCGCCGUCAUCUGGAAGGACCACCUCGGCGCGCUCAUGGACUUUGUCGGCGCGUCGUCGUCGUGCACGGUGUGCAUGAUCCUCCCGAUCAUCUUUUACAACAAGACGUUCUGGACGACGACGUCGAUUGCGGAGAAGGCGGUCGGCGCCGUCUUCGUCCUCGUCACGGUCUUCCUCGCCAUCUACGUGUCCAUCAACACGGGCAAGGAGCUCUUUGCGCCGCAGACCAAGGACGCGUCGAUCCUCUUCCCGCUCUGCCCGGCCAACUACCAGAAGGUCGUCUUCACCAACACGACGCACUUUGCGCCGGCCCGCGCGCUCUUUGGCUACUAAACAGUCUCGGAGCCGCGUUAUGUUAUGUAGUCUACUAGCCACGGAAGCUGUAUAUCUUUAUCGAACACCAACACAGUCGAUUUUUGUGUCUUCGUCAGAGU